AUGGGGUGUGUGGGUGAGUGGGGUGAAUGGGAUGAGUGGGGUGAGUGGGGUGAGUGGGUGAGUGGGGUGAGUGGGGUGAGUGGGGUGAGUGGGCGUGCCCUUCUCAGACUGGCAUUUGGAGUUGACGCCACAGCGGAUGUGCUGUUGCGGAUGGAGAGAGCGGAGGAGAGGGUGAGUGGAGGAGGGGAGGAGCGAGAGGGACUCUGUGGAGCUGAUGAGGCUGCACGGGUGGCAUGUGUAUUAAACUGCGACCUCAUCCCCGUUUCUCCACCUCUCUCCCACUCUCCUUCCGCCACUUUCUCUCUCCCUUCUUUCCUUCUAGCAGUAGCCAGAGCAUCCCUCCCUUGGCCACAACUGCCACAUCAUGAGUCGGAGGUGGCAGCAUCGCCCUGCCUGCUUCUCACCCUUCCAAUCCUCCGCACUCCCCUCCAGCCUAUCCCACUUUCUCUCACUGUUCCACUUUCACCUCCUCGUGUGCUCUUUCCUCCUGCUGAAUCCCCAAUCACCCUGCCGACACAGCAGACUGGCAUUCAAAGGCCCUCUCCCUCCUCCGCCCUCCUCUCUCUUGGUGCCUUUUUCCGCCCCACCCUCCUCUUCGAGCAGUGCCUGGGGCAGUCCGCCUGCCCCAACUGGGACCUGGCAGUGUCGCCCUGCCGUGCCCAGGGCACUCCGCCUGCCCCAACUGGGGCAUGGCAGCGUCACCCCCCCUCUCUCCCCCACACCCUGCCUGUGCAGCAGCCUGGCGUUUUGAGUUAG